GUCUUCUUCCUCUGCAGCGCCAGGGGUAGCCCAGGCCGGGGAGAGAGCCGUGGGGAUCCGAGCCUCGCAGGGUGGUUGUCCGCUGUCGACCAGGCUUGCUGAGACGCUGCCUGUUCCCUACACUUCUUCCUCGGCCCUCGCCCCGUGUCCAGCGCCAGGCUCAAGAUGAAUCUCAACUUCACCUCCCCUCUACACCCGGCAUCUUCUCAGAGGCCCACGUCUUUCUUCAUUGAAGACAUCCUGCUGCACAAGCCCAAGCCACUCAGGGAGGUGGCCCCCGACCAUUUCGCCAGUUCUCUGUCCUCUCGGGUGCCUCUGCUAGACUAUGGCUACCCUCUCAUGCCCACACCCACUCUCCUGGCUCCUCACCCCCACCACCCUCUGCAUAAGGGAGACCACCACCACCCUUAUUUUCUCACCACUUCGGGGGUGCCGGUCCCCGCGCUGUUCCCGCACCCCCCGCACGCGGAGCUGCCGGGGAAGCACUGCCGCCGCCGCAAAGCGCGCACGGUGUUCUCGGACUCGCAGCUGUCUGGCCUGGAGAAGAGGUUCGAGAUCCAGCGCUACCUGUCCACGCCCGAGCGGGUGGAGCUGGCCACGGCCCUCAGCCUGUCUGAGACGCAGGUGAAAACGUGGUUCCAGAACCGGCGGAUGAAACAUAAAAAACAGCUGAGGAAAAGUCAAGACGAGCCCAAAGCACCGGAUGGGCCCGAGAGCCCUGACGGCAGCCCCCGCGGCCCAGAAGCCGCACCCUCCGAGGCUCGGCUGGGUCUGCCCGCCGGCCCCUUUGUGCUAACCGAGCCGGAGGACGAGGUGGACAUCGGGGACGAGGGGAACUCGGCUUAGAGCCACAGGUGCUCUGAGCAGCCAGGCUGGGGCAGGCGGGAGGAGGCCGCGGGGCGGGCGCGGCUUCCUCCCGGACUGGAAGACUC